UGUGUUAUGUGUGUAUGUCCAGCUUCCCGCAGACUUCAGCAGACUUCACCUGGCUGACGGCUUGCACCCACAGGUGACCCACGUUUCCUCCAGCCACUCAGGAUGUAGUAUCACCAGCGACUCCGGAAGCAGCAGCCUGUCAGAUAUUUACCAGGCCACAGAGAACGAGCCUGGCGACAUGGACCUGAGCGGCCUGCCGGAGACAGCCGUCGACUCCGAGGAGGACGACGAUGAGGAGGACAUCGAGCGAGCGUCGGACCCACUCAUGAGUCGGGAUAUCGUGCGGGACUGCCUGGAGAAGGACCCGAUGGACAGGACGGACGAUGACAUAGAGCAAUUACUGGAGUUCAUGCAUCAACUACCGGCCUUCGCCAACAUGACCAUGUCUGUGAGGCGGGAGCUCUGUGCCGUCAUGGUGUUCGCCGUGGUGGAGCGUGCUGGCACCAUUGUUCUCAAUGAUGGCGAGGAGCUCGACUCGUGGUCAGUCAUCCUGAAUGGCUCGGUGGAGGUGACGUACCCUGAUGGGCGGACAGAGAUUCUGUGUAUGGGGAACAGCUUUGGGGUGUCACCAACCAUGGAGAAGGAGUACAUGAAGGGCGCCAUGAAGACCAAGGUGGACGACUGCCAGUUUGUGUGCAUCGCCCAGCAGGAUUACUGCUGCAUCCUCAACCAGGUGGAGAAGAACAUGCAGAAAGUGGAAGAAGAAGGCGAGAUCGUCAUGGUGAAGGAGCACCGAGAACUUGACCGCACCGGGACCAGGAAAGGACACAUUGUCAUAAAGGGCACAUCGGAGCGUCUCACAAUGCACCUCGUGGAAGAACACUCAGUGGUGGACCCUACCUAUAUCGAGGACUUCCUGUUGACCUACAGGACUUUCCUCUCCAGCCCCAUGGUCGUGGGCAAGAAGCUCUUGGAGUGGUUCCAUGACCCAAGUCUCAGGGACAAGGUCACACGAGUCGUGCUGCUGUGGGUGAACAAUCACUUCAAUGACUUUGAGGGGGACCCUGCAAUGACUCACUUUCUGGAAGAGUUUGAAAACAACCUGGAGAGAGAAAAAAUGUGCGGGCACCUCCGACUGUUAAACAUAGCGUGCGCUGCUAAGGCCAAGCCGCGGCUGGUGACGCUGACCAAGCCGUCCAGAGAUGCGCCGCUGGCUUUCAGCCUCCUUGGUGGACAGGAGAAAGGCUUCCGCAUAUUUAUUGACGCCGUGGAGCCCGGGAGCAAGGCAGCAGAGGCCGGCCUUAAACGGGGAGAUCAGAUUCUGGAGGUCAAUGGUCAAAAUUUUGAGAAUGUCCAACUCAGCAAAGCCAAUGAGAUUCUGAAGAACAACACCCACUUGUCCAUAACUGUGAAAACCAAUCUGUUAGUUUUUAAAGAUCUGCUAACCAGGCCCGAGCAGGACCACGAUGUGGACGGCGAGGAGGAGCACGACAGGAAGAACGGUGCACCCCACCUCCCCAAGAUCGGGGACAUAAAGAAGGCCAGCCGGUACUCCAUACCUGACCUGGCGGUGGAUGUGGAGCAGGUGAUGGGCCUGGAGAAGGCCAGCAAGAAGGCCAAGACGAAUACUGUGGGGGGACGCAACAAGCUCAAGAAGAUCUUCGACAAAACACUCACCAGCAUUCUUCCCCCUAAACCGUACAACGACGUGUGCGUGGGCCAGUCGCAGGAUGACAGCAUUUUGGGCAUGAAGCAGUCCAAACAGAUCCCACCGGCGCUGCCCGUUAGCGGCAACCUGUCGUCUUCAAACCCGGACCUCCUGCAGUCCCACCACCGCAUUCUGGACUUCAACAAUCAGCCUGACAUGUCAGACCAGGUGUUGCGCGUCUUCAAAGCCGAUCAGCAGUCCCGCUACAUCAUGAUUGGCAAGGACACCACGGCUAAGGAGGUGGUCGUCCAGGCCAUCAGGGAGUUUGCCUUGACGGCGGCGCCCGAGGCGUACUCGCUAUGCGAGGUGUCCGUCACCCCUGAGGGCGUCAUCAAGCAGCGGCGGCUACCAGACCAGCUGUCCAAGCUCGCAGACAGGAUACAGCUAAGUGGAAGAUACUACUUGAAGAGCAACAUGGAGACGGAGACGCUAUGCUCCGACGAGGACGCCCAGGACUUGCUCCGCGAGGGCCAGAUCUCCCUGCUGCAGCUCAGCACGGUGGAGGUGGCCACGCAGCUUUCCAUGCGCGCUUUCGAACUCUUCUGCGCCAUCGAGCCCACCGAGUACAUCGACGACCUGUACAAGCUGCGAUCCAAGGCGGGCUCGGCCAGCCUCAAGCGCUUCGAGGAGGCCAUCAAUCACGAGACCUUCUGGGUGGCCACCGAGGUUACUCGCGAGCCCAACCAGCUCAAGCGAAUGAAGACGGUCAAGCACUUCAUCAAGAUUGCACUGCACUGCCGCGAGUGCAAAAACUUCAACUCCAUGUUUGCCAUCAUCAGCGGUUUGAACCUGGCACCUGUCUCCAGACUGCGGGGAACAUGGGAGAAACUUCCCAGCAAGUACGAAAAGCUUUUUGGCGACCUGCAAGACCUCUUUGACCCCUCGAGGAACAUGGCCAAGUACAGGAAUGUCCUCAACAAUCAGAACCUGCAGCCGCCCAUCAUCCCUCUUUUCCCCGUCAUCAAGAAGGACCUCACCUUUUUACACGAAGGUAACGACUCCAAAGUGGACGGCCUGGUGAACUUUGAGAAGCUGAGGAUGAUCGCCAAAGAAAUCCGUCAUGUCGGUCGCAUGGCCUCGGUCAACAUGGACCCCGCCCUCAUGUUCAGGACCCGCUCUCUGAGUCAGGGCAGCGCAAACGCAGCCGUGCUGGACGUCAACCAGACGGGAGGCCACAAGAAGCGAGUGCGCCGCAGCUCCUUCCUCAACGCCAAGAAGCUCUAUGAAGACGCCCAGAUGGCUCGCAAGGUCAAGCAGUAUCUGUCCAACCUGAGCCUGGAGACCAACGAGGAGAGCCUGCAGACGUUCUCGCUGCAGUGCGAGCCCUCCAUCAGCACGCUGCCUAAGAACGCUGGCGGCAAACGGCCGGACACAUCCCCUGUGGUGUCCAGAGCAGCCAGCCAGCAGAGAGGCCAGCUCGCUAAAGGGAACCAGGCUCUCCAGGUUCCUGCCGUGGCCCUUUACCCAUCCCGGAAGAAAGUGCCCGUCAAGGAUCUUCCUCCUUUUGGAACCAGUUCUCCUCAGUCGCUGAAGAAGAUCCUGUCUCUGUCGGAGGAGGCCAGCGAGAGGCAUCGGAGGCAUCCAGAGGACACGGCGUCUAACGCCUCCUCUCAGCUCUCCUCGCCGCCCACCUCCCCCCAGAGCUCACCCAAGAAGGGUUACAACCGCAUGGGCGACGCCUACUCGGACUCGGGUCACAGCGAGAUCUCGUCGCGCUCCAGCUUGGUCAGCAACUUGUCCUUCGACAUGGCCCACGACGAGAGGAGGCUGCGACACUCGGGCGGAGUCGGGGAUUCGCACGUGGGAGCGCGGCUAGAACGACGAGCCACCACCGACCCUGACCAGUACAGCCUGGGGUCUUACUCAUCGAUGCAGGACUGUCGGGGAAUUUACGCCGGCUGUCCCACGGUGCUCUCCUCUCCCAGCUCUGAAGAGCUGACCCAGGAUCAGGGCGACCGGGUCUCCCUGGACGCCGCCGACAGUGGCAGAGGCUCGUGGACGUCGUGCUCCUCCGGCUCCCACGACAACAUCCAGACCAUGCAGCAGGGCCGCAGCUGGGAGACGCUGGCCUUCGGAGGGGGGCUCCCCCCCGAGGCCCUACUCGGGGGACCUGCCGCGUUGUGGGCAGCCCAGGCUCGGGGGAGCUGGGCUUCGGCCAGCUCGUCGUCGUCCUCGGCCGCCUACUGGGGGGAGGACUCUGAGGGGGACACAGGCACCAUCAAGAGGAGGGGCGGCAAGGACGUCAACGCCGACCCGGAGACGAGUAGCAUCACCUCCACCGGGUCGGAGGAGGCCAAGCAGAUCGGCCGGCCGUCGCCAUCGCCCAUCCCCUCUGGCUGCAAAGGUCUAGUCUCCCGGAAAGAGGGGCGCUACCGCGAGCCGCCCCCGACCCCGCCCGGCUACACGGCCCUGACCAUCUCCGACCUCGCCGACGGCCAGCACCCGCCCUCGCCGGCCCCCCCGUCCACCUCUGCUAACAGCUCCACCACCACCACGGCGCCAUCGCGCCGGCCGCCCGACUACACCACGGCGCUGCAGCGCUCGCGCAUGGUGACGCAGUCGCCCGACUCCCAAGCCCACCAGCAGGCGGCCAAGCAGAGGGGGGGCUGUGGGGGCCCUCAGCGCACACGCUCGCCCGCCGAGGAGCACGGGGCCAAGGAGGAGGAGGAAGAGGAGGACGACGAGCAGGUGUCGGCGGUGUGAGGCGCCGCGCCCGGGCUGGACGGACGUACGAGUGGGCGGGGCUUAGAGAAGGACAGAGGGUUACGCACGUGCCUGCUCUGCCUCCUGAUUGGUGGACUCCUCCUCCUCUUCCUCCCCCCGCCUUAAAGCAUCAUGGGGGGUUGGGCGGCCCUGCAUGCAAAAAAUCCAACAUAUACUGUGAAGAAGAAGAAGAAGAAGAAGAAGAAGAAGAGGUCAAACGCUCGGCACUUUGGAUUUGUAUGAAUACACAAGACUCGCACGUGAAGGAUUACAAGCAGUGGAUGUGAUGUUUGCACUCCUUUUUCGCCAGUCAAGUGUUUGAACCCAGUAUUAGCACACACACACAAACACACAUUUUCUUGUAUUUGUUACCUUCUUGAGACCUCCGAAAAAUGCCCCCCCUCUAGUAUUAUAAUAAAAGUUGUAAUUUUACUCAACACAAGUCAAAAUGUUCCAAGAAAAAGUGAACAUUUGUGCAAUAUAAAGAUAAAAGUUGGAAUUUUACCCAAUGAACAGUCGCGAAUUUACAAGAAAAACUUAACAUUUUGGCAAUUUCAUGAAAUUUUACGCCACAAGAGUCACAAUUUUAAAAGAAAACUUUAACAUUCUGGCAAUAUUGUAAUAACAAUCGGAAUUUUAACCUAAUUUUGCUCAAAAAAAUGUCACUAUUUUACAAGAACAACAAAAACAUUGGCAAUAUUGUGAUAAAAGUUUGAAUUUUAUAUGACAAAUGUCGCUAUUUUGCAUUAAAUAGUAAUAAUUUUACAUCAAAAAUGUAUACUAACUUUACAUAAAGUAAUAAUUUUACGAGAAAAUAUUGCAAUAUUACAGAAACAAUAAGAGAAAUUUCCAAUUUUAUAAGAAAAACGUUGACACAUUGUGAGAAAAAGACUGCUUUUACUUCUUUUUUUGUUUUGAUUUUUUUUGUUUGUAAAUAGUUUUUUAAUCUUCAUUGUUUACUUAAUUAAAAAACUAACACUAUAUGCCUACAGAGAGACAUACUGUAAUACUUAUUUUAUUUUACUUUAUUUUAUUUUUUUAUCAAUUUUGGCCAAAACGGGGCAUAUUUCAAUUUCUUACACAAUUUCUUGUUAUUACAUAUGUUGGCCAGAGGGGGAGCACUUUUAAAACCAAUACAGUCAAUUUGAAAAAUCCCUUCUUUUUGGGACCACCCUCAUUUUGACAGAUUUCACCACCAGGGGUGCAAAGGAGAUUUCUAUUUUUUGUUAUUUGUAAUGUACUUAAGACCGAUGACAAAGGAGUCACGUACCACACAUGGCCCCUAUGCCACACUUUGGGCAACCCAGCUGUAGCAGCUAACUGUUAAUGGCCACUAUAGUCUUAGUAGCGUAGUGUAUUUCUUCAUCCUACGGUCAGUACGGAAGUUGUACAAUCAGCUGUUUUUUCGGGGAUGAAUAGGGAAGUCCUUCUUUAGCUGCCGUCUUGUUUUAUCAUAUAUUGCUGCCUUUGCACCUGUUAAUGUUUACUAUUGUAUGCACAUUAAAUCAACAAAAAAAUCCUGACUUUGGAGCAAUGUUCACAGACUUUAGUACGUGGCUGUCUAUUAGAUGCAAUGGUUUUCCGUAUUGGGACCAUAAUUUUGGUCCUGACUUGUUCACCGGUCCCUAAAUGGAAGGUACUUUUCCUUGUUGAUGUCUCAAUAAGGGUAGAAAUACAAGAACACACACACACCUACACGCACACACACAACUAGCACUUUGAGCACAAUGCUAGCGGCCUCCUGGACACCAGGGUAAGAGUGGAUCAUCUUCAUCUUCUACGGGACACUCGCCGGCAGCCCAAAAGCACAAAAACAUGCUGGGAGGGGGCGUGGCCUGAGGACUGAAACUACAAAGGGGCGGGGUCGCCAAUCACAACAUCCUCUUUUUGACACUCUUUGCAAGAAGACGACCACAUGGUGUGAAUGUCCAAAGCGCCUUACAAACCACACGACUGCUUCUAUUUUUUUUUUUUUUAAUGUUUUCAAAGAGAAACCCCGCCCCCCGGACCAGCACAGACCCCGCCCCCUCCACUAUGCCUUACUGGAGAUGAUCAUGGCCGUCCACUAAACAUCAUUAACCCCCCCAACAUCACAUGACACCCGCCUCACAACGUGCUGACUGAACAAAGUUUUCCCCUUUUUCUAGACUUCGGCAGAGAAGUAAAAACAAAAAGCAAAAGGCUGCCGAUCAGAACGAUACCAUGGAUGAUACAGAAUGAUAACAUGGAUGAUACAUAAUGAUACCAUCAGCGACGCCGCUGAAACGAUCAUUAGAAGAAUGAAGAGGAGAAUGUUGUCAUUUUACAAAACUAAAAUGUGUCAAUUACCAGGGUAAAUACAAAAAUCUCCAGGCGAAAAUAAAGUAAUGGGGAAAGUCUCGGUUUAUUUGGAUGAUACAGAAAGGAAAAAAAGAUAAAUUUUUCACAUACAACCAUGUAUGAGAACAAUAAAAUAGAAACAAUAUAGUGUAUGAUUUAUUACAAGACACAAGUUGGACUUUUACAGUAAUAAAACAUCAUUAGCAGGAGAAGAAUACCCUAAUAUUUAUAUAAUUAAAUUGUAUAAUGUCAAUUUAACAUUACAUAACCAGAAUAAAUUAAUAAUGAAUGCCUGCAUUAAAGUGUCUAAAUUCCAUUACGUUUUCCCCCACAGUGAUAUGCUCAUAGUGAGAAUUUAUCCUGGUAAUUGUGCAUUUGUUCUGGGCUUAUUUCAAAUGUUUAUUGGACAGCAUAAUCUGGUGGUGCGUCUUGGUUUCACGUGGCGCUGAUCGUCUUCUGUCUUCAAUCCCAGAUUGAGGCUGAUCACAUUGAUCAGUUUUGGAGAAGAUUUCAAAAGGACAAAAGAACGACUGGAUGGAAAAACAUUGCCGUGUUUUCCACUAAAAAUGUGUUUUGUUUUUUUUCUGGGUAUGGCGGUUUAGUUUGUUUGGUACGCUCCGUGGUGCGUUCGUGGACUGAUCACUGAGACGUUCAUUUGCAGAAGUAGCGUUGCACAAAGAGCGUAAAGAUUUGGUGUAGAAGUGCUGCUGUUUUUUUUGGCGUAAUGUCGGUGAAGACGUGUACAUUUGUGAUGUUCUCUUCUUGUACCAUUUCCACCACUUCCACCUCUAUGUCUUUUACAAAGACCAUUGGCGGAGUACUGUAAUAUCUAUCCUUGUUUGCUUCUGCUUUUCAUUUUGUAUUUUUAAUACAAUAAUUGUACAUAUUGGUUAUAUUUUUGUUGAAAUGUAUUAUUGUUUAUGCCUCAACAUCCAGUUUGUAUGAAAAGCUGGGAAUCAAUAAAUACCGCAUACAGAAUCCAA